UCGCUAUAUGUAUAUAAACACGAUAGGUCAAUGUCGUCAACCUGGAGCUGGAAACCUUCAAAUUCAAUUCAACCUCCCAAAAAUGGAGUCUUUCUCCGAUGAAUCGCUCUUUCUCUCCUACUCGGAUUACUUCAAUUUUCUUCUCCUUCGCCCCCUUGCUGCUAUUCUCUUCACCGUCUCCUUACUCUUCUUUGGGUGGUUCUUGGCAUGGAAGCUGGUGCUGGUUCAUGUACCUCUAGUGCAGGAGAUUUUUGGUCUGAGGAAAAAAACCAUCAAACCAAAGCCUCCUGGUAGAAGAAGACUUACUCAAUUCUACAACAGAAUUAAUGCCCAAAAUCCCUCUUCAGAAGACGCCUAUGCUCACAAGGAAAUAUUGUUCUCGUCCAUGCAUUUGGUGAUCAAGCGUGCUCGAGUUAAUCAGUGGCUAAAAUAGUAUUUGCGUACUAGGAAAGUGAGGUACCAUUGACAAUAGCGUUGUUCUAAGCUCUAGACUCUAGAGGCAACUGCUGGACAUUUAGAAAACGUUAUACUUCAUGAUGAUAAUUUGAGGAUUUGAAAUCCUAAAUAACUCAAAAUCAUUUUGGAGUGACUGAAAUUCAAGAAUAGCAAGAAAAUAAGAUCUGCCAAUACUAUGUCUUUCAAAUACAUUUGCAUAAGAAUGUCAACGAGAAAUGUCCUUUCACUUGUUGAUGUAGUUACAUCUUAGUCGUUGAUGUAGUUACCAUCUUAGUUUGUGAUUUUCACUUGUUGAUGUAGUUAUCCUAGUUCGUGAAUUUUGAGACAACAAAUUGAUUUUCUAUGUUUUGGAAUCAGAGAGUAGCUGAAAAUUUCAUGUUUGAGAAUGUGUUGAUCUAAGCUCGGGACUCUGAACUGGUUAAUGUUGUGAAAGUUGUGAAAGGAAAGAAGCUUGAUUCUCUAUGUUUUGGAAUCACAGAGUAGCUGAAAAAUUCUUGCUUGAGAACGUGUUGAUCUAAGCUCUGGACUCUGAUAUGGAUAAUGUUAAUUGUGAAAAUAAGAAGCUCCCAAUCGAUGUGAAAAGAUCAUAGUUUGUAACUUAUACAUUUAUAAAAGGUUUGGACUUGUUUCAUUUUGAAUAAAAUCGAGUUCUGAGUUGAGUUUUUUAAAAA